GGUUGGCCUCCUCUCCGCCAACCAUCCGCGGCCGUCCCUACUUACCUGCCUGCCUGUCCGUCCGUCUGUCUAUCUGUCUGUCAGCCUCUUACCCCUGGCGGAUCAUCCAUCCCCCUAAUGAUAGAAAUAUUGCCCUCUGUGUCAUCUAAACGACGAAAACACUGGGUCUCGAAAAUUAUGUAUAGCGCCAUGCAGGAAGCCGUCCCGGAGUUCCAGCAUGUAAUGACCGGGGCCCCGAGGUCAAGGCGUGGGAGGCGAGGCAGAGGACGGGAACCGACCUUCUCUCUCCCCCAGCUAAGUCGACCUGUUUUACCACUGGCCGGGAACACCCAGGCAAGAACGACGAGACCGCUGCCCGUGGCUCCCGACCUCCCCCCAGGUGACAACUCGUUGGCGUUGGUGUCUCGCCGCCAUCCGCCCACGCCGAGCAGCCUGGGCAACCACCGCCUUCCCGACGUGUAUACCUCGAUGGCUAGAAAGACAGGAGGCGGUGGUGGCUGUCUGACAAUCUACCACCCCGAACCUUUCCUCUGCUCUGCGACGUCUGACACCAGCCACUGGGGACUUCGGUCCCGGCCAGGGAGUUGUUCAAGCCUCUGGCCUGGUGUCGAUGCCGUGAAGCUUCGGGAGAAGAAAAAAAGCCUCAUGGAGCCUACCGAUUGGAUAGACCACACGUCGGACAUGAUUGUUACACUACAAGCAAGAUGUAGAUUCUGAGUGAUCGGCAUUUUUUUUCCUUCUUGUCUUCCCGGCACGUAUGGAUUAUCCUUACAGAAAUGCAGCGGCAUCUUUCCCCGAAUUCGCAGACCAUGUGGGAUAUAUUCUCACGGCUCUGGCGGGUUCGGUGGUAAUGGCGCAAACCUCACCAAGGCUUUCCAGCUUACGAACUCGACGCCCAAUAACGAAAAGGAGGCCCCAAGAUGCCUAAGCCGUCUCAUCUUGCUCUGUGGCCCGGUUGCCGUAACGUAAUUGGCUCUCUCCGUGCUAGCCGUCUCACUCCUUGUUGGUAUUUCAUCCUAUGGCGUAGGUACAUGGCGCAGCCUAUGCUCGCUUGAUGUGAUGACACGCCGACAGCAAGGGAAGACAGCAGAGCCGACCUC